CCUGCAGCGAGGUUAUGCUGCUACUACGCGUCUUCUAUUCAGCACGCGUGAGGCUCUAUUGCUGCACAUCCAGGGUCAGGCUAUAUUUAUUAAGAAGUUUGGUAGGAUGUUCCCAUCGUAUGGUUUGGACCGAGAGAAAGCGUUUCUUUCCUUAAAGAUGUCUCAGCUUUUUGUUGAAAUUGCUCAAUCUCGCUGUCAGGUCACUCUAGCUCUAUAACAGAGAGAGUUGGCAGUGACAGUUUUCAACCAGCCAUCGGGAUCAUCAUCUAUUUGAAUGAAAGAAGAUAAAAUCAACGAAGACGAAAAGAAAUAAAACAUGCAUCUCUUCCAGUUCACACUUGUCGUCACUAUUGUCACAUCUGUAUAUUCUGCGCCCAUAAAAUUUCCGCCAGGUGAGGAUGUAACGGAUCUGGAUCAAAAGACAGCGCCCUCUUACGCUAGGGAUGUAAAAGCUCAAAUAAUUACCCCCAAGACGGAGCAAGAGGAACAUAUUACAGAGGUUCAUUCUUCUCCGGAACUCGUUGAACUUGAUAUUACAGAGGUUCAGUUUUCGCCAGAUGUGUUGGAUCCUCAGACUGAAAAGGCUGUACCUUCGCCAGAGCUUCUGGAACUUGAAGUCAGCAAAGACGUCAAGGUUAACGGAAUCGCAGAAAAACUCCUCAAAGGCUUAAUUGAUGAGGAAGGAGCGAAUUCCUCGCCUGAUGAAAAGAGCUACAACGUACGUUAUAGCAUCGAUGAUGGUCGUUUGCGAAGAUUUCGGCAUGAGGAGAAAACACCUGAAGGGUUAAUCGUUGGGGAACUAGGCAUUCACCGUGGAAACGGAGUUAUCCGUGGGGUGCAGUACACAGCAGAAGCGGACGUCCAUCCUAAACUCCUUUACGAAACUCUGGUUAAAUUUCUAUCUUUAUAAAUGGGUAUGAGUAUCAAAGCCUCUUCAUCAGGUUGAAGACAAAUACAAUACAGCUAAUUCCGACUGCUUACAGGGGUUUGGGUAUUAUAGAAGAAACGAUUUAUGUUAUUCCAAGAAUCUUCUGCUACUUACCAUUUCUAUUUUUUAAGAAGCCAAAGUUCCAUUUAAUGCUUGAAGAAGACACGGUGCCUUAACUUUAACCAGGUGUCUGUAUCAUCACUUUGUGGAAUUUCCUGAUGGAAAGAUAAGCACGGUGUGAAGUUUCUUCGCUAUCAUAUUGGCCCCAUUAUUUAGAUAAAAUUUUAGGAAAGACAAAAGAGGAGUCAAAAUUAAUUGGUUCGUAAGGUACAGAUAUUCAGCAACUCUUGUAAAUAUCGAACUCCUUGCUAUCUUGUAUAAACUUAAAGCAUCGCGUGUACGUCUCUCUCUCUCGUCUUUUAAAUUAAAGCUUUGGUGUUUGUAUUGGUGCAAUUUUUGCACGACGUUAUUUACUAAGCUUAACAAAAUGCUAAUAAAUCAAAUACAAUAA